AUGAUGAACUCUCCUCCAAACCGUUCUUUUUCUUCCGUUUUUAUGACGGACAUGUCUGAGGAACAACAGGACAGUAUAGUCAAUAUCGAAACACCAACGGAAAUCGCAACGAACGACACCGAGUAUAUUGGAGACAAGACUCAGCCAACCGAAGAGAUUCUGAAUGCUCUGAACGCUCUCAACCAGACAACCGCUCAAAACGGACACGAACAAUCCCCAGCUCAGCAAGGCAAUGUCAAGCAAGAUACACCGAGUCAAGAAGCUCCGUCUGAAUGGCAUGUUCUGCGCGAGAAGCUGCGUGAGCAACCUCAUGAUCCAGACGGCUGGAACAAACUUGUCGACCUCGCCGAGACGCGCGGUGAAAUUGAACAAAUAAAACAGACCUAUGAAGCUUUGCUUGAAGUCUAUCCCAACACGUCGUCCGCUCAAAUUGCCUAUCUCAAUCAUUUCUUGAGUCCCGGUCUUUUUCCUUACGCCGAAGAACUCUUCAGAAGAUUCCUGAGAUCUUCUCCUCUAGUUGACCUCUGGAAAUUCUAUCUUACCUACGUCAGGCGAGUCAAUACAUCACCGGCCAGUCGCGAAGCUGUCAGCAAAGCGUAUGAGUUUGCUUUGAGCCGUAUAGGCCAAGACAAAGAUAGUGGGGACAUCUGGGGUGAUUAUAUCCAGUUCCUGAAGGCCGGAGAGACAACCACAACAUGGGAGGAACAGCAAAAGAUGGACUCCCUGCGCAAAGUUUACCAUCGUGCGGUUCAAAUCCCUCUUGAAAAUGUCGAGAGGCUCUGGUCAGAAUUGGAGACUUUCGAAAAUAGCCUCAACAAGAUAACGGCCAAGAAGUUCAUGUCAGAUCUAUCCCCAUCAUACAUGCAAGCUCGUACAGUGCUUCGUCAGCUCCAACGGCACCUAGGACCACUGUUCCCUCCGCCGCCAGCUUCUUCGUCGACACGACCACACCUAUAUCUCCCUCCUACUCCUACGUUCAAUGCGGCUGAAAGGGCACUUGUCGGGGCUUGGAAAACUUACUUGAAGUGGGAAGAAAGCAACCCACUCGAGUUUGAGGACAAGGAUAAAGCAACUCUUAUUUCACGUAUACAGGGUGUGUAUCGCAAAGCUGCUAUACGAAUGAGGUUUUAUGCGGAAAUAUGGUAUAUGGCUUUCGUGUGGACAAACAGCAUGGGUAAGCCAGAAGAGGCGCUGAAUAUUCUCAAGUCUGGCAUGGAGGCCAAUCCUACAAGCUUCCUCCUCCAUUUUGCAUACUGUGAGCUGCAAGAGUCCCGCAAGGAACACGCUGAGGUCACUGCGACGUUCGACAAGUUCCUUGACGUCUUGCGUGCUGAGUUGGAUGAGCUCGAAAAUCGUGUUAAUUCCGCCAACUCGUCUUUUACGUCUGAUGGCUCUGGUCGUGUCGUGCAUACGGGUGCUCCAGCUGGAAAUGGUUCAGGGUCAUUAGAAGCGGGAACGAUCUCCAACAAUUCGUCCUUUGCCACUCAGGCUUCCGAUGAGAAGCCUCCAAAAGUCAAAGAGCUCUCCGACCGAAGACAAGAAUAUGGUGUUGUUUGGAUCAUGUAUAUUCGGUUUGCACGACGUGCUCUCGACCUCAAGGCUUUCCGUUCAGUUUUUGCGAAAGCUAGGCGUGACCGAUGGACGCCAUGGGAGGUGUAUGAAGCCGCUGCUCUAAUGGAGUACCAUUGCAACAAGGAUGGUGGUACUGGCGUGGCAUCGCGUAUAUUUGAGAAAGGUUUGGAAACUUACGGUGACGAGAUUGAGUUUGUUCUGAGAUAUCUCGGAUUUUUGAUAUCCGUGAACGACGAGAACAAUGCUCGAGCUCUUUUUGAACGGGUUAUUACAGCUUUUUCGCCUGAACGCGCUCGUCCCCUUUGGGAAAGGUGGGCUCGUUAUGAGUACCAGUAUGGUGAUCUUGAGGCAGCACAGAAACUUGAAAAGAGAAUAGCUGAAGUAUAUCCCUCGGAUCCUCCCAUCAAACGGUUUGCUCAACGACAUACGUAUCUGGGAACUGAUGCCAUUGCAGCACGGGAUCUUGGGUUUGCCAUGGCAGCUCGUCAGCCUGCCGCGUUGGGUUCAACUAGCACCUUGAAUUCCAUUGAAAAGCGAACAGACUCUUUGUUUUCCUUGACUUCAGCUUCGCAUAUGCCAACCAGUCAGCCACCCGUAAAGAGAACCUCAUCUCCGGACUACAAGAGACGCGAGGGAUCUGCGAGACCUGACUUUGGCCCCCCUAGCAAGCGGCAGAGGCCAUCAUCUCCUCCUCCGCCUCGUGACCGUGACCGAGAAAGAUGGGAGGGUCCCCCUAGAAGGCGAUUUGGAAGCCCCGCAGGCUGGGAAAGAGAGCGAGACAGAGAACUGCAACAUGUUAAAAAGGACCGCGAAGAUGACAAGGCGUCUACUUUACCCACUGUGAUUUCGUGGUUUGUCGGACAACUACCUAGUCCAGCUUCUUUUGAUGGCCCCGUAUUCCGAACUGAUGACCUGAUGAUGUUGUUACGCAAUGCUGUGAUUCCUAGUGCUACCAGACGUGCUACCCCACCACCUACGCCACUUCCACCGGUGCCUCCUCCUGUCCGCACUAGUGCAGGUGGUGGUCGUCCACCUCCGGAUUAUGGACCAUACCAGGGACCUGGGGGAGGGACUCGUGGCGGUCGCCGUUAUUAGUUUUAUUCCGACCUGCUUAAAAUUUAACCCCGUGGUUUUCGUAAUCGUUGCCUUUCCUGUAUUUUCUUCAUAAUCAUAUUUGCAAGUCCAGUGAUUCUGCAGCGUCAUGUCGCUUGGCCAGAAAUCCAUUAGUGACACUUGAUCUUGAUACAAAAGCAACACAAGAGUAACUUUCAAAAUGAAGUUUC